UUUGUGUCAUAUAUGGAAGCUGUUGUUUCGUUUCUAAUAAACUUCUUUACGUAUUUACAGACGAUAAAUAAAUUAAGGAAUACUUUAUAUCUAUUUGAUAUAAAAUAAUGCAAUGUUGUUUCACGUUGUUUAUCAAGUGUAAAUAAUUGUGGCGUAUUAGUUAUAUUUUUAAAGUGAUAAUUGAAAGUAAAUCGGGAAUAUUCGUGUGAUUAUGUGGGUUUCAAAAAUGUUCACAGUUUAUAUUUUCAUCGUAUUAUUCUUAAUGAAUGUAGCCGAUGCAAUAAAAGCUCACUGCAGCCAGGAAGAGGAUUUGUUAAAGAGAUGUUCUGUGUCUUUGCCCGUACUCAGCUCGCCAGAGAUAUCAUUCGCACUGACCCAAGAAGAAUUGGAUAAGAGCUGUGUUGAACUUCGCGCUGGAAUCAAAUGCAUAGACAACUACACGGAAGUAUGUAUGGAGAAACACGAGCAAAUCGUCUUCCGCAAAAUAUAUGCGGGGAUAACAGACGUUGUUCAGGAACUUUGUACCCGCGGCAAAUAUCAAGAAGAGUAUCUGAAACACGCGAACUGUGUCAAGAACGUUCGGCCGGAGUACGAAAAAUGUAGUCAUAAGUAUGAAGUUACCCUUACCGGAUUAAGUGAACUGAGCAAUCAUCAGGUCAAUGAGCAGUAUAAGACUGAUAGGAGGGAGGCUCUUGCUUUGGGGAACCGUGAAGAUUAUCUUAGGAUAGUUUGUUGUUCCUUUCAAGAAUAUCUGAAGUGCUCUGAGCUGACAGUGCAGAGUUCAUGUGGUGAUGAAGCGGCGCUGUUCACCAGUGCGUUUCUUAAGAGGAUGGCUUCAAACAUUAUAAAGAACUAUUGCCUCGAAUUUCGCGGAGCAGAGUGUAAUUCUGGCAGUAGAGCGUCGGACCACAAAGUGAUAACAAUCAGCAUUGCCAUUUUAGCAAAUCUAGCAGUUGCGUACUUGUCAAAAUUAUUAGUUCCAACGUAAUGUGUCAUGUAGA